CACACAAGAGUAUUUACUAUAGCGUUCUCAAGCUUCGUACAACGUGAUGGAUCAAGACUAAUUGGUCGUAGUAACAAGGCCUUUAUCAUCUUGAAUAAAUUAGUGUAAUUACGUCACAUUAAAUCAUGUAGGGUAUUAUUACAGCAGGUACCGCUGACAUGAUAAGGUGUAGUGCGUUGAGAAAAGGAAUUUUAAGGUCUAAAAUAUAUGGUCCAAUUUCGGAGGAUGAGUGACUUGGAUUUACCGGCGUUGGCUGAGAGGGAACGAGCGAAAGCCCGUGAAGAAUGGAGAACGCCAAUGAAGGAGAUUGACGCGGCCCUCAUCGCCUGUACUUUCGGGAGAUUCCACAUAAAACUGCUUACUACAGCUUUUGUGGGAUUUUUAGCGGGAAUCCUGGCAAGCAGUACGACGGCUUAUCUGCUGCCUAGCGCGGAAUGCGACUUGCAAAUGGACUUGUUAAGAAAGGGGCUGUUGAAUGCUAUGCCUUAUGUUGGUAUGCUGAUAUCAUCAGUCGUAGCAGGAUUUCUAACAGAUGCUUUCGGAAGAAAAAUAUUUUUAGGUGUCGGUUUUCUUGGACUAUUUAUAUUUCAAUUAAUUGGUGGUUCCAGUCAGACGUUUGAAUUGCUCGCCACUGCGAAGUUUUUCGAAGGUUUAUUAUAUGCCACAGCAUUCAGCGCCUGCGUCUCUCUAACCGCAGAGUUUUCCUACUCCAGCAUAAGAGAUAGAAUGAUACUCUUCCAGUCGUCUUUCAUAGCAGUGUCUCAUGUAGUCAUCGCUGGCAUGUCAUGGGCUAUUCUUACUAAUGAGUGGCGGUAUUCUAUGUUUGGGGGAAAAUUUGUUCUCAACACAUGGAAUUUUUAUCUCUACAUCACGUCACUAUGGGCUUUCGCAGCAUUUAUUAUGUACGUAUUCUGUCUUCCUGAAAGUCCUAAGUAUUUGAUCACGCAGAAAAAGUACGAUGAAGCGAGGGAGAUACUCAUUAAAAUAUAUGUGGAGAAUACUGGGAAACCUGCUGAAACUUAUCCGUUCUACAACAUCUGGAAAGACAAGAACAAGCAUUCAAUAGACGAGACUCCAGAAGACCAGAUAGAGAUGAAUAUACGUCACCAGAUAGUUGUGGGGCUACAUAAUGUCAAGCCCAUGUUUCAGAAGCCUUUGGGUCUUUAUCUGGCUAUGACUUGCUUCUCGAAUUUUAUUAUUAUGGCUAUGUACAACGUCCUAAGGCUCUGGUUCCCUCAAGUAUCAGCCAUCGUGGAGCACAACCCGAUGACAGCUGGGCAGGAUCUGUGCACAGUGCUAGACAAGUACACAGCUAGCUUGGAGCCAGUUGUUCACAACACAACGGUUUUGGAAGAAGUUUGUGUGCCGACAAAAAGUGGCCACGAAACAUACAUAAACAGCAUCAUAAUCGGCUGUGUCUGCAUUAUCCCCUACCUCAUCACGGGUAUCCUCGUCAACCGAGUGGGGAAGAAGACUCUCCUCAUAGUAGCUGGUCUGAUCUCCAUCGCCAGUUCUCUAGGUCUUUGAUGGGCUAACACUAAAACUGCUGUAGUGUCGCUUUUCUCGUUGUGCGUGGCAAUAGCUCAGUCAAUGUUGAGUUUGAAUCAAGCUAUGACUGUUGAACAUUUUCCUACUACUACUAGGACCUUAGCGAUAUCGCUUAUUAUGGUAAUAGGCCGCAUUGGAACCUUAUCAGGUAACAUUGCCUUCCCAGUGAUGUUGCAAAUGGGCUGUCAGGUCCCUUUCUUCACUAUAUCAGGAAGCAUGUGUUUGGUCACGUUUGUAGCGUUCUUCUUACCGAGCAAGAAGCAGUGAUAAUAUUUUAACAAUACUUCUAUUCCUAACAUCUGGCAAUGAGAACAAAAGACGAUUGACAGAAAACAAUGGAAAGUUAAUACGCCGUAAGCGAAGAAGAAGA